ACACAGAGUAAAUGAUUGAUAAAGCAAAGGGAAUCAAAUGGUCAAAAAGAAUACAAUUUUUACUUUUCUAACUCCAGAGAAGACACCAUGAGUAUUAUAAUGCUUCAUGUGAUGACCUGUGUUACUCUGCUUACAGUGGCUUGGGGACUACCAUUUUCCUCUCAAGAAGAAGAUAAUGAAUUUCUAGGACUUAAGAGGCUACCCUACCCAGCCAAUUGGCAUGCAUUUACAGUGUCUGAACAGGUGAGUGAAUAUUGGUCACUACUGAAGAGAUCAUCACAGUAUACCAUGGACAUGGCCAGGGACUAUAUUAGUUUUUACAAGAAUAUGUUACAGCAACAUGAAGAGCAUCAGGUUUAAUCUGUGACUCUCAAAUUUAUAUAUCUACAUCCAAGAUAUUAAUCAACACUAUUCUUCUGGAAUAUCAGUGCCUGAGACGAAUGCUAUUUUGUCUAAUUGACAAGGAUCCAACAUAAAUGUCUUCAUCCUGUCCUGGGAUUGAUAAGGGCAUAUCCUAUGAUAAAAAGUGUCCAGGCCUUCAGCUACAAUCCUAUAUGAAAGAAAUUACUUUUUAAGUUGUUGUGCAUAAGAUUCAUUUUCCAACAGGUUUUGCAUGGGAAAUCUACCCAUUGUCAUACAUAAAUCAAAAGUAGUUGUUAUAGCUUUUGAAUGUGAGGAAUGUCCUAGUCAAUGUAAUAUUGAUUUUUGAAUCUUGAUCAUUAACUGGAUUGUUCUUAGGGAUAGUUCACAAAUUAGAUUUUAACUUGAAACUGUUCUGCCAGAAGCAGCAGGGGAGUGUAAUAUUAACAAAGCACUGCUGCUUGCUUCUGCAUUGUUUAAUCCCCGAUUCAAAGCAACAAAGAAUCUGUAUAUUCAAAACAUAUUCAUUCACCACUGGAUCUUGACUUGAUCUUUUCUUGGUUUACCUUAUAACUGUUUAAGUACCCUAUUUGAAUUUCAUUCACCUUACUUUUAUGCUUUUCCUGACUAUAUUUUUUCACUUCUGUAUAACAAAGUGAGCAAAAAUACCCUAUUACAUACAAUCAUUUUUGCUUCUUUCAACAACCAUUAAUUCCAUACUACAGGCCUGAUAUUACCUUAGCUUGUAGGAAGGGAACUGUAUUAAGGUAUGGAAGAAAAAAAAAAGGAUAUGUUUAUAAAGACAUAAAACUCUAUGAUUUGUAGUUCACAACAACUUUAAAAGAAUUUUUUAAAAAAUAUAUGUCAGAAAAUAUGCAACUAUAUUCCUGUUUUUCUUUCCUUUUCUCUAAGAAUUAACUUGUCUUAAUAUUUCUUCAUCUAUUUUGUCCAUCUUUAGUGAAUAUUCUUUCAAGCUAUAUACAUUUAUCUACUUUUUCUAGUUUUAAUAUGCAUGUAUAAUUCUUAAUUGCUCACAUGUAUUUUCUCUGCAAACAUGUUAUUUGUCAUUUACAAAUUAAUUUUUAGAUCCUGCUUGUACAACUCAAUGUAGUGUAUAUAAUGUUUCUGUCUUCUGUGUUUCCAAUAACAACACAUUGUGAGGUGGGUUGAGAUGAGACAGAGUGAUCGGCCCAAAGUAUUGAGCUAACUGUUUUCUACUCACAAUUGCCGCUAAUCAUGAAGCAACAAUUUGGCAACAUUUACAUACAAAGUACCUGUACAUUAAUAUCCUCAGUCAACCAAAUUCUAAUACCCCCAAAAUCAUUUUUGUACAUUUAUAAGUUUCUUAAAUAGUCAAGGAGAUAUACACAUUGUUACAUUCUUAUCUUAUUCCCUGGUUAAAGUUGAACCAUCCAUUAAGCUUUUUUCCCCUGUCCCAUCAUAUAUAACUCUUAAUACAUUCAGCAACUAACCUUUGUGCAAGUAUUGUGCAAAUAUCACCUAUUCAUUAUAUCAUAUGGUUUCUCUAAAUUAAUCUAUGUGCAACCUUUAUUUAUCUACCUGGCAAUAUUAAUCUUUCCUGAAAAUAGAUGUUGCACAGCAGAAUAUAUAAAGUUUGAAAUAACACUGAAACAGCAGAGAAAUCAAACAAUCUCUUUGAAAAUUCAUAUAUACACAGUAGGCACUCCACUAAGCAGGUGUUCAGUUUAAAAAAAUGAAUGACAGAAUCCAUCUACAUUUUCAUCAGUGUGGGAUGUUUGCAUAAUUCUCUUGAACAGUUCUUUUAAACUGCUUAAAGUGCAAGUUGCCUCAUUAAACAGAAAGGAAGAAUGGGGACAGGUGUAUUUGUAACCUAUCCUUCUGUAACCAUUUCCAUCACUAAGAACUAAGUAGUCUUCCAUAUAAUUUCCCAUGAAAUUCACAAUUCUAGACAGUAAUUCCUUAUGACACCUGACCGGCUAAUAUCUUCACAUUUAUUUGUGUUUGCUAAUUCAUGAGCACAACAUCAAAGAAAACAUAGUUUGCUUUGGACUAAGUUUGCAGUUUUAGAUUUCCUUUUACCUGGGAACAAGGUAAGUAAGAUAAUUUAGUAAGACUUCAUUUGAACAGUUCUGAAUACAUCAUUCUAACAUUUCAUGGCACAUCUUCCCCUUUAUCUGCAAAUAAACCAACCUACUUUCUUUCUCCUAUUAUUUUUCUAUUAUCCCUUCAAUAUGCUUUUGUUUUUGUUUCAAAAUAUGACACUAUUUUUUACCAUAGGCUGGAAUUGUGAAUCAUAAUUUUCUAUUAGUGAUAUAAGAUUUUUAAAAAGAAUUUAAGUGUCAUGAAAAUAGUUGCUUAUUUUUUUAUCAACAUACCUUACUGGCAGAUCCAAUUUUUAUUCCAAGCAUUAUGGGACAUACACAGAUAUAGUGUACAAAAAGUAUUCCAGCUGUCCCAAUGGGGAUAGCAGAGGGGAAUGCCACCAAUUCUACUAAGUUGCAUAUAUGAAUAGUUGGUUCUAGGGAACAGCAAUACAUUCUGAAUGUUUUUACACAUUAUCUUUUGCAAGACAGUUAUAUGACAUGAGUAUUCUUGCUAUUUUUAGUUAUGUAAAUAGUACUUUGAUUCCCUUGGCUCUAUUCAUAAGAAAAUAUCUGCCUAGCUAGCAUGAUUUCUGACUAUUAGGAAGUACAAAUAAGAAAUAAAAAUACUGAUAGUAUCAGAGGCAGGUCCUUACAGACAGAAAGUUUAGAUUAGCCCUUCUCAACCUUAUGACACUUCCUCUUUCGUCUGAGGUGUAUUGGAGUUCAAUUCCAACAUAUCUGAGGGGCAUAAGGAUGGCCAAUAGGUUUUUAAUCAGUCCAUUGCAAUCAGUCAAUUAAAAUAUUGUUUAAAAUAAAAUGGCAAUACACA